AUGGCCUACACUCUCCAGGCUUCUCUCCCAACGCCACUCACGCCUUCCAUGCCAUUAUAUGGCCCGCUUCCAGAACAAAUUGAAGCCUUGCCAAUUACACCGCCGGAAAUACCAGCGGGCUUUGACGAGAAGACGUUCAAACCAGACAGUCGAACAAUUAAGAAGGCCCUGCAUGUGCUCGCCACUGAACGCCAGGCCCUCUCUCAUCUCGAGGAACUAUACACCCAUUCUGCAGAGGUCCAGGAUUCUCUUCUUCGAGCCAUCCGUCAAAUCAUUCUUUCAGAGACGCGCCAUGGAAAGACCAUCUUCACUGGCGUUGGCAAGUCUGGCCACAUCGCAAAGAAGCUUGUCGCCACUUUCGUCUCGCUGGGUAUUCAUGCCAUUUUUCUCCACCCGGUUGAGGCUCUCCAUGGUGACCUGGGAGUCGUUCGGCCCUCUGAUACGGUUAUCAUGAUCACAUUUUCUGGCAGAACUCCUGAACUCUUAACUCUGCUUCCACAUAUAGAUCCCUGUGUACCACUAAUCGUCAUGACGGCGCACCUGAGUCCGACCACUUGUCCUCUGCUCUCCCAUUUCGGAAGACAGGCCUCGACGAACAUCCUGCUACCCACCACCAUCCAUGAAUCCGAGAUUUCGUCAUUUGGAGUCUCGGCUCCAACAACUUCGACGACCAUCACACUGGCUCUGGGUGACAGCCUGGCCCUUGCAGUCGCAGACGAACUCCAUGCUGCUGCCGGACUUCAGACGCCCGCCAUUUUUGCGGCAAAUCAUCCUGGCGGUGCCAUUGGCGCGGCCCUGAAAACGUGCACUCCAAGCGCACAGAGAAUAUCUGAACUGGCGACUGCGGUGGCCCAAGUCCCAAUUGCGGUGCCACAACCGAAUCAUCCGCUCUUGUGCUUGGAUGUGCUUGUGGCCGCAGUGAGGUCACCCCGUGGUUUCGUCCGAACUUCUCAAACGCACAUGAUAGGUCCUCGAAGAAUUCAGAACCUACGAGAUCCCUCUGCACCUGUCUCAGGCGCGGUGGACGAGCAUGGCAGGAUGGAGGUUGAGAGGACCGACUGGAUAUCUGUCCUCAGCUCAACCACGGUUGAAGAGUGCAAGAAAUGGAUUCACCAGAUGCGAGACGAGGGAUGCGGUCGCGGCAAAGAAUUCCUCAAACGAGGCACAUUACUUGGGAUUGUUGAUCACAACGAGGUGACAGGUGUUGUGGAGAUAGAGGAUGUCAUGGGCGAAGACUUUGCUUGA